GGCUUCUGCGUCAGUCGACCAUCCGGAUCGAACAACUGCUCAUAACCAUCACAGACGACGACAUGAUGACAACUCGCCUCAUAAACGAGAGGCUGUCGGCACCGUCAUCGUCAGGGAUAUAUCUUUGCCAAACAUGCCAAUCGUUGCCCACUUCAAGCCGCACGAUCAUCCCAUCACUGGUUGCAAAUUUUCACCGUCGGGCAGGCUACUGCUCACAGUAUCACGCCACGGAAAUGUCUUCCACAUCCAUGAGGUGCGUCCAAACAUGGGACCAGGAUCACGACAUGUGUAUAAACUUGCGCGCGGUAUCACUCAUGCAAGCGUGGAGGACAUUGUGUUUAACGAGGAUGAGACGUGGGUGGCAGUAACGACCUCUAGGGGCACUACCCAUCUGUACGCCAUCAAUCCUUUCGGAGGCACGCCAGACGUCGGCGCACACAUGUACACGGGCGUUGUCAACUGGACUGCCACCGCAAUCGAGUAUCCCACAGGGCUGAAUGCGCUCUGCCGAAUCAAGCAGCGACAUCAUGUCCCAGAUGUUAUUCUUUCGGAAGCAUCCAACCCUGACGGAGCUGAACCUCAAAUGCUCAGUACAUCAGAGAAACGCCGGAGCGCUUUGCGCCGACAAAACUCCCAAGACUCGUUGAGCUCGGCAGGAACCGGCACCUCGGAUCAAAGUCAGGGCUAUCUAAGCCGACUUCAGCAGCAUCAUGGCGCAGCGGGCGGAGGAAAACAGCGGGCGAUGAUUGCGGCGUACUUUUUACCCUCUACAACGGUCUUUGCAUCAGAUCCCGGAAAUAUUGCACUGUCUCCUGGUGAAUACGACGGAGGCACAGACGGACCAUUCGGCUCAGAAGGUGGACACUAUCUCAGGAGCGACAGUCCUUCAUCCCACCUUCCUCAAGCUCAUUCCAGCACUUUGCUGAUUAACCGAUCCAAGGCACCCCCUGUUAGCACUGCUGCUAGACUGCAGUCAAAGGCAUCCUCUCUGUGGCAGACGUUGAGCCCGCCUGCAGCUGCAGUGGUGCAACACGCGGCUCAUGGUCUAGCCAGUUUACCGGGCCUUGUUGUUGAAACUAGUCGCCGAGGCCCUGUUGUGGCAGCCCGAAACCGCACUAUGAGCUGGACAGGAUCCCAUAACCAAGGCCCUCCAAAGCAACAUUCUUCAUCGCGAGACGCUCGGGGUGAAGGAGCGAGCAGCGGAACUCAUGGGCGAAGUGCAGAUACACAAAAGAAUGGCAUUGCUAACGGCUCCGAUGUACCACUGGCUGUGCAACAACAGUUGGCCACCCAAAGUGCUUUGUCUGAACCGGAGCGUAGUCCGAGUUUUGCGGACAUUUACGUGUUUAAUCCACUGGGAAUGCUUACUUUGCAUCGCUGUUGGGUCAGCAGCGUCAGGACCAAGAAGACCUACAAUGGUCGUGUCGUGGAGACAUCCGAUUUGGUGCUGGCACCAGAGGAUGUAGCAGAGUGGUCUUUGAACCGCUCUGGAGAUUGGGCUCAAGUCAGAAGGUCACUGGCUCCACUCGCAGGACAAAGAGCACUGCAGCAGGGCAGACCGAAAAAGGCAGUUCAAAGCAAUGCGGGAUCUCGAUGGUUGGCUCAGGCGGAGAUCUCGACUUAUGACAGUGGCAUCCACUCUGGAUGGAAGGGACAAUAUCCAAUUUUGAACCAGACGCUCGCAGCACACGGCGCACAUGGCUCAACCGUGACCCUCACACAACCCCAGCAUCUCCUCUGGAAGUCGCACCAGUUCGUUUUUCAAACCUAUGUUGGUCCUCUCGAGUCGAUUCAGCGAGACUUUGCGGCGGGCAGGUUGCCAGAAACAAAGACGGUGAAUUUACGUCGUGGAAUUGAUAUCGUUGCGGGAAAAGAUGCUCGACCUGUCGAGGCUACGUCCACAGGCACACAGUCGAAGCCUUACAUCUCUGGUGUUCCUGUCUCAGCCGAUGGUGGAGGUGUGCGGGGUCAUGGACGGGUUGAGAGUAUCGAUGGCGACACUGAGGGUCUAUCCCAGCAUCUUUCACAUGCCAUGGACUCGUUCUUGCACAGACAUUCGACCUCUCCAAUCAACCAAGCCCGCAUGUCGCCCUCUGUCGGCAGCGUGAGUCCUUCUUCCUACCGAGGUAAGUCUCGCUUAUUCGCUGCUGCUUGUAUUUUCCGUAUUCAUCACUAUUUCAACUAAUAACCCUAUGUAUCAUAUGAUGUAUGCAAUAGCACAAACAUUGUCGUUUGACGAGGCCUAUCUGAUUAGUUCCGGCAAUGGGUCUGCAAGCCCCAGGACUCACUUUUUCGGCUCUUCAAACCACCCUCCUCACUUUGUCCAGCACACGUUCCUCUCAACGCCUCCAGCAGAGACUGCGCCCAAGGGAAGGGCGAGCGUCAUAUCGGGCACAAGUCCAGCCUCUGCCUCUUCGACCAUCCAAGGGAUGACAGCAUAUGCUGGCACGCUAUCCUCUUCUUUCUCGCCGCAGAUAUCGUCAUAUGGGGAUUCUGGAAUAUUGGGAUUAAAUGGAGGCAUGAACUCUGGAUCGUCUGCUCCCGUUCAUCCACUAAACCGGUC